UUUUUGAAUUUCUAAAACAUUCAAAAAUGUUUAAAAUAUGUGUUAAAAUUUUCAUUAUCACAUUAAUAUCUACAAUAUGUAAAUCAUACCAAAACGAUUUAAAAAAUUCGAAUCUUAUUCCAAAAUUAUCAACUUCUUACUCUUUUGGUUACGAUAUUGAAGAUGAUUCAACCCGAAAUGUUCAAUUUCGAAACGAACACCGACACGAAAAUGGUUCUGUAACCGGAAGUUACGGAUAUUUACAACCUGACGGAAACUUGCACAAAGUUACCUACAUAGCGGAUCAAUACGGAUACAGAGCUUCUGUAGAAAUUAAACCUCGUGGGGUUUUAAAACCAAUUCAUAUCAAUCGUCCUGAAACGCAAUUAUUCGAUUUUUCUUCAAAUUUGCCUCCAGCAAAACUGUUAGAUGAAAAUAAAUUUAAUGAACCAGAAAUUCCUAAACGUUCUAACCCGGCUUACGAGCAAAACAAGUUACGAGGAAAUUUUAAAUAUGGAAAUUUAAAAAAUACAAACCAAUUGAAUUUUAAUGAAUAUUAUAAAAGUCGAGGAUUUUCAAAAGAUUCAUUUCCUCAUAAUGUGCCGAAUUACAUCAGCAAAAAUGUAGUUGAGAAACCUAAAUAUCGAAUGGAAAGAGGAUUCGUGCCGUAUUUUCCGGAAAAGCAACAAGAUCUAGAUGUGUAUAAGAAAUUAUUUAAGAAUUAUUAUGUUAUUCCUUUGAAAUAAAUCUUUUUUAUGUAAACUUAAAAA